AAUUUGUUUGGAUUAAAGAAAUAAAACUGAAGAAAAAAAACACGGAUCUGUACCCUUGGGGUUUUAAACCAUUGUUCAGAUUCGUUUUUUUAGCUGAUUAAUGCAAAAUGCCAUCGACCCUAUUCGUAGGCUAACGUAUCAGCCAGUGACACAGCGACGUGAAAAGCUUUUGUCCUUGAUCUGUCCACCACUGUUCACGUCCAAAGACACUGGCCGGUCAGUGUCCCUUGAACUGUCGCAAGGGUUCGUGGCAUACGGUCUAGGAUAUUUCUUCAGGUCUACAACUCAAGUACGGACCUACGACAGAUACCGACUUUAAACCACUUUUAUUUGACUUCUGACACAGAUGCAGCAUGCAGUUUAAACAAGAUGGAUCAUAUAUAUGACCUGUAAGACUUCCAUGGCUACAACUCCCAGAAUUGUCUGCAAUGAACAAUCUCUACAAGACACUUCUUUUGAUUCCGACACGUCUGUCUCUGCGGUUGUUGAGUCUGCUGUAUGUGAGCCUUGUUUAUGGCACAGCAUGUAUCACCGCCCUGCUACUUCUCACUCGAUUUACCUGGAGAGCUUUGCGAGACCCCUACAAAACCUUCCAGUGGACUGUCCGGCAUGAAGCACCUGCCUGUCUCAGGGAUGCCCGGCUCGGGAAACACGGCUUCCUUUGGGGCAGGAGCUCAGGUUUGAGGUUUCACUAUGUAACCCAAGGAGACAACAAAAGGCCUCUUAUGCUCUUCCUCCAUGGAUUCCCGGAAAACUGGUACUCAUGGCGCCACCAGUUAUGUGAAUUUAGUUGCCAAUACCACACAGUGGCACUGGAUCUUCGAGGCUGUGGAGACUCUGACGCACCUUCUCAGUUGGAUGAAUACACGCUGGAGAAGCUGCUGUAUGACAUCAGAGACACCAUCGAUGAAUUGGGUCACACGAGGUGUAUUUUGGUGGGACAUGACUGGGGUGGAAUGUUAGCCUGGCAUUUCGCCCUGGAGAGGCCAGACAUGGUGCAGCGCCUGAUCAUCAUGAACGCUCCCCACCCAGCUGCCUGGCUAGAUGCGGUGCUGCGACACCCCAAGCAGCUCCUCCGCUCGGGCCACGCCUGCUUCUUCCAGCUGCCACUACUGCCAGAGAUAGCGCUCUCUUUGGAUGACUUCAAACUGCUGCGUAAUAUGCUGUGUGGUGCCCGCCUUGGUAUCAGCAACAAGGCUAGGCGUUUGACCGAGGCCCAGCUGGAUGGGUACCUGUAUCGCCUGUCCCAACCUGGAGGCCUCACUCCUCCUCUUAAUUACUUUCGUGCUUUCCUCAGCGACACUCUCUACAAACAUGAAGCUAUAGGAGUGACCACCAUGUUGAUUUGGGGUGAGGAUGACAGCAUACUGGUGGAGGGGACAUCUGGGGGGAUAUGUCCUUAUAUCAGGGGUCCAGUUGCUGUCCACACCAUCCCAAACUGCAGUCACUGGGUGCAGGAGGAUCGGCCGGAGACAGUCAAUAAACUCAUCUGGGACUUCCUUCUAGACAUGGAUGUGUCAUUGCCCAUUCUGCCACAAGAAGGAAGUGAAUCAGUUGGAACAGAAGCGAAAGUAUUGAAUAGUGGACCUGCUGGUAACCAUAUCUAAGCGUUCGUGUUGGAUUAGAUGUAGAUGUUGUGUUUGUGUCAGGAGCUAUUUGCACAAUUAUAUUCACAGUAUCACAGUAAUGGAGAAUCCUCUUUUAAUUGUAUAGUACUGAUUAAACACGCUUUCAUUCAAUGUUCAGUGAAAUAAAACUAGGGUCCAUGGUUUUGAAAACAGCUUAAAGAAGUGCAUGUGUACUGUUGCACAAAGAAGAGCAUGCUUCCAUGCGAGCAAGUUGUGGUUAAAGCCACUAACUGGGAAGAGCAAAGCAGAAGUUGGUAAGUGAAAGGUGAUGGUUAAAGCCAAUCAAUAGGGUAUUCCCUUCAAACUGAAUACAUCAGACGAGAUUACAAUCUAACAAGAUCGCAAUAUUCUGGACCGUGCAUAUUCAAGGAAUAAACUGUAGUGUUUCUUCUGCUGUUUAUCAUACAUAAUUGUAGAUAGUUAGAACUGUUUUACAAUGCCGUAGCCACAUUCAUUAGAACUAACAGUUAUAUUGUUAAUCAGGGUAUGUGAUUUUGAGCCUGUUCCCACUUAGAUUUCAUGACAAGCUAACAAGCUACUGGAGAUCAGGAUAGUCCAUCUCACCUCCAUUCUGGAGAAUGUAUUUAGGCCUAGAGUGUAAUGUCCAUUCAUGCCUAACAUGAUACAUAUUCAAUUUAAUAAUCUCAUUUAAUCUAAUGAAAUACAUUUGCAACUUGCUAAGUACUGACACGAAAAAUGUAUACAUCUUUGCUGAAAUGUUAAAUGUUUCUGCAGAAAUUCUGGCACUUGGUGCGGUGUGACAAAGCAGAAGAGCUCUAUUUUCAAUGGAAAUAAAAGUUUUCGGAUGGAAA